CAUUCACUCACUCAUUCAUUCAUUGUGUCCGUUUGAUCUUUGGGACCAUCCUCCCAACGUCACACCAGCCCAGAGAGAUGCGAUUCAAGGCUGGAGAGGCUUCAAAUUCAACUGAGAGUAGACAAGCAGAGCCGAUUAGUUGGUUUACUAAAAGAAAAAAAAAAUACAAGGAGAGUGAGAGAGACGGCUAAAACGAAUUAUAACAGCAAGGCGAAGAAGAGAUUAAUUGUGGCGCUGGACACAGACUGCAGUUGUGAAGUUAAGAUUUAAAACGUGGUAUUGUUACAUUUAAGAGCUAACUGCAUUGAAAGAAACCAUCUGUAACUCGACGCAAAAGUGUAUCGCAAAAACUAAGACUAAAAAUAAGACGGUGGACUAGAAAUCAAAGCCAAAUUAACAAUGAGGACACAUGAGUGAAGCAGUGCAAGGAUAUUUAAGACUGAGCUGGAUAUUCACUUGAAGAGAGGAGUGAGACACACGUUGCAUUCACAUCAGUGGGAUUAACCACAUGGACACUUAAGAGGCGAGCGAGAAAAAAAAAAAAAGUAAAAUAUCAUCACAAAAAUUUAAAGCAACAUCAUAUUCAACGGAAUGGAGAACAAACUCAUCACUGACGAAUGCUAGAACUGAGAAAAAACCGAUAAACGUUGGAUACAAACAACAGAAAGACGUUAAAUGCGAAUAGCCACAUCACGGUUGUGAAAUAUAGAGGCUAUAUAUUUUUCGCACCGGUCUACUACCAAGAAGUUGACACGAACCAAUUAAGCAGCUUUCCAGAGAUAGAAAAUUAAAAUUGUUCAUAAACUAGAAGAGUGAUCCGAGAUUUCUUGAAAGAAAACGAAGACCAUAGACUCCGUUCUGUGCAGAAGAUCUCAAACUAAAUACACCGAUUUAUUAAGCUAAGAGCUCAGUUUGUGGGUUUGUUUUGCAUUGGAAAGAAAUGCAACAGAUCAGAGGAAAGAGGGUUCUGCUGCUUUGUGUGGUCGUCUUGAUAUUUUACCUUGCUUUGGUCAAGGGGUUCCCCGCUAAAAAGCAUAAAAACACCCCUAAGGUCAGAAGCAACACGUUUAUGGAGGUUAAAGGCCAAACAGCCUCCACAGAGUCCCAGCGAGUGUUGGAAAUAAUGCAGCAGAACAACCGGGUUAAGAGCUGGAAGAGAAGCCUUCCACGCCGUCACAAGCGCAGGUGGUCCCAGCAGCAGCGAGCGGGCGGGAUCCAGAGCCAGUCCAAGGCUGACCUGGAGGAAACCAACCCCUUUGUUCUGGAUCUCAAGAAUUUUCCAGGUCUAGCUAACGCAGACCUCGACUCUCAAAACCCAAACAUUCAGGUAACCAUUGAGGUUGUGGAUGACCCUCAAGCUGAGUUUGAGAUGGAUCUACAUAAAGGAAGCCGGAAUGACUGGUCCUUGUCCUCUGCUGACUGGCUGGAUAAAAAGGAAGUGUUCUGGCCCUUGUUCUGGGGAUACCCUGACUCCUCGGAGGACGGUACUGGAAGAAUGAGCACCGAGGAUUACCCUGUGGAGUAUGACAGCGAAGACUCAGUAUUGAGUGGAGUAGGAGACUGGGACAGAAGAUGGCCAGUACACAAGGGCUGGGGCUCCAAGGACAACUAUGAGUAUGAAGAAGAGGAGGAGUGGAGUGCCUGGUCCCCCUGCAGCGCUACAUGUGGCACAGGGAACCAGAAGCGCACGCGAUCAUGUGGUUAUGCCUGCACUGCGACAGAGUCCAGAACCUGCGACCUGAUCCGCUGUCCAGGAAUUGAAGAUGAUAUGAAUGCUGUAACAGAUCUCAUGCCUUAUGAAACAGAAAACGGCACAGAGCUAUUUGAUGCAGAUGUCGACAGCUGUGAAAAGUGGCUCAACUGCAAAAGCGACUUCUUAAAGAAGUACCUUCACCAAGUGCUGACAGAGCUGCCCAGCUGCCCGUGCAGUUACCCAUCAGAAGCUGUCUACAGCACAGUUAACAUCUUCGACAAUAAGCAAGGGAAGACCUACCGAUGGCGGGAUGCAAGUGGCCCCAAAGAACGGCUGGAUAUUUAUAAACCCACGGCCAGGUUCUGCGUGCGCUCCAUGCUCUCCCUGGACAGCACCACUCUGGCUGCACAGCACUGCUGCUACACUGAUGAGAUGAGACUAAUCACCAGGGGGAAGGGUGCAGGCGCCCCCAAUCUUAUCAGCACAGAGUUCUCACCUGAGCUGCAUUACAAAGUGGAUGUGUUACCAUGGAUUUUGUGCAAAGGGGAUUGGAGCAGGUUUCAUGCAGUACGGCCACCCAACAAUGGGAUGGAGUGCACUGAAAACCCACCAGAGGAGGUUUACAUGAACGAGCUGGAGGAGGCAAGGGAAUAUUAAAUCGUAACACACAAAGGGAACUGUUCCAUAAAACAGCUUCCAUACUGUUGCACAACUUAAAAUCUCCAAAUGUAGCCACCAACUCCAGCAUGGAAAUCAACAUAUUUUUAUUAAUCGUGGAAUGGUGAUGUGUGUGUGUGUGUGUGUGUGUGUGUGUGUGUGUGUGUGUGUAUAUAAGUAUAACUCCAAGUCUUACUGAUGGAAUUGCAUCAGUUCAAGUUACUGUCCAGAUAUCCUCAGUUUUGUCUCAAGCCUUGAUUUUACUGCAAUCCAUUGAAGAUAAUGGUUGAUAUGACAGUAUUUAUUAUUAUGUUUUUUUUUUCUGAAGUAAUAGACUUGUAAGACUGGAAACUAGAUGUGUUACCAUAGCCACUGACCAGGGAAAUUGGUCCGAAGUUAAUUUUGAAACAUUUAAAACCCUUAACAGACAAAUGACGGUAGCAACUAAAACCUGCUACAUUUCUUCACAGAUUGUUUGCUGCUACAAAGUGACCUUGGAUUCCUGGGGUGAAAAGCAGCAGCAUGUUGUUAGAUUGACACCGUUGGUAAAAGUAGACACUUGGAAAACAAUUCCUUGUUUCGGCUUCCAAGACAUAAGCUCUUCCUGGCACAUCUCCUAUCCAAAAUAAAUUCAAACAGAUCAUAAGCAGAUAUUUCACAUCAUAAGUUCUACAUAUGAAUCCUUUCCAUCUUUUACAAGGACAAAAAGCUACCCUUAGCGGAUCUAUCCCAUUCUAUUGGCUUCUAGCAUUCGCAGAGGGAACCAGGCAGUCAUUAUAUCCAGACAGUGUUUUACGUAUAAUUUUCCUGGCAUGCAGUUUAUUAUCCUUCAUGUUAAAUCCGGGCUAAAAUUAGUAAUAUCAUUGCACAAAACACGUGUAAAAUGAAGCAGAAUUCAGGUACCUUCAAAAGAAUAACUUAGAACUGUCUAGACUGUUCCACAAUUUGCUUAAUGAAGCUGGUGCAGAUGCCUACUGAAUAACCUUGUAUUAACAGUAAGUGUUCUUGUGUACUCUCCUGUUUUUCCUUAACAAAGAAUGAGCUGUCACUUACUAGUUCAUGCAAAUUUGAAUGAACCUCAGUAACUGAGAUUGACUAAACAAACCUUGUAUAAUGCUUGUCAUUUACCUGGCCUUAGGGCCAUAUUAAAUUCUUAGAUAUCAUAAAAGUCUAAUUGUACUCUAUUGUAUUUAUCUAAUUCUCAAAUAUGAAAAAGACAGAUAAGAGAACUCUAUGUUCCCAAUGUAGUUAAUGUCAGUACCUAGCUACAGUAAAUGAAACGGUAAUAUUUGCUCAGAUCACAUAAAGUAGUCUCUAUUCUGGUGAAACAAAGUUAUGUUGGUAAACUUUUGUUUUUUAGGAGGGCUUUGUGACACCAGCUUUUGGAAGUUGUUAUCUAAAACCAGCCUUAUGUUUGUCACAUAAGAUGUCCCUUAAACAUCUGAGUGAUUCCCUAAACCACGAACAAAUAGCUCUGUUUAUAUAGGAAUUGUUCUUUUAAUGGUAAGGCUCUAUUGAAGGAUAUUGUUUAUGUUAGGAGGAUGGUGUUUUUAAAGCAGUCAUGGGUUUCUUUACUUUGCCAACAGCAUUCUGUCAAAUCCAGUAGGGUGGGUAACUUUGGUGCCUUUUCCCCCAACUUUAAGGUUUAUGUUGAGUUACAGAUGUUUUUAGAUUUAUUUUAAAAAAAUCUAUUUACAGUGUUUUGUAUUCAGUUGGUUUCAUGUGAUUAAUCUGAGAAACACAUGUUGGUAGUUUGGUAAAUUUGACAUUAAUUUGACCAACUCUGUCUCUGUCUGUGUGUGUGUGUGUGUGCUUGCGUAUUUGAAAUCCAUUUUUAUUUUUAUUAUCUUUAUUUUUUUAAGUUUAUUUAACUACAACCAUGCGGCUGGCUAGCAGUUAGCAUAAUCAUAGUCCUGACAGAAUGAUUUCCUUCUUUUGUGCAAAAACGGUUCCUUAAUAAUUGAUAUGGGGACCUUUUUGAGAAUAUUGCUUUUAACAGAUACCAGAUGCUGAAAAUGUUGGGCUGCGAAACUUGGAAAAGCUGUUUUUAAACAUCUGCUUAUGCUGGUUUACAAGCAAGGGGGCAUUAUUGCAGUAACCAUGGGAAUGUCGAGCUUGAGAUUUUUAACCAGUAGACUGUUUUGAGUUUAACCAACUAUACAUAUUCUGUGGUGUUGUACCAACAUGUGUAGUACAUUGACUUCACUGAGAAUUUAAACUGUUUGAUUUGGAUUGGUUUCUGGCGAAGGGCUUGUUUUAAAACCAUUUCCCCUCUUCCUUGUCACCUUAGAGGGAUGGAGCUGUUUCAUUUUUAAGGUAGGCCAGCAUUUACUGACCCAGGAAACCACAAGAGGCAUGAAUUGAAAUCAGGUUUUAGUGAAAAUAUCUGUACGCCAUCAUACAAUUGUUUUGAUCUGCCUCGGACUGCUCUAUUACUAAACAUGCUUUGUUUAAAAUGUUGUUUUCCAUCCAGGGAUUGAACUGGUAUGAGAAUCUACUCCUUCUCUAUUGGGAAGUGCAUUGUCUCAUACAAAAAUACAUUGUCAUUGUCUUUUGUAUUAACUGUAAUUAUUUGAAUAAAAUGCUUAAUCAUGAUAGUAAAUGAGCAUUUCACAAUUGAGGGCAGUAUUUAGUUAAUGGGAUCUCCUAUUGCUACAAUCUAGCAUGAAAAGUGUUGGAAUAAAAAUUGAAAGUUUACACAUGUCACAAGCUUCUAUCAGGAAUGAAAAAUAACUACAGGUUAUCAAGUUUUGGAGGAUAACUGUUUUUUUUUUUUCUUCAAGAAAGGCACUUUAUUUAAAAAAAUAUAUAUAUACAUUGUACCAACAUUUUGUAACUUGUGUUACUAUUGUAAAGGGAUUACUUGCAAAAAUGCAGCAUUUUGUGUGUUUUAAAGGAUUUUUGUUAUGUAAUGUAAGUAUUUUCUAGCAUGAUGAUGUAUUUUUUUUUAAUUGGUAUUAGAUAUAUUCCUGUACAGUAUUUAUUGUCCAUUGUUAAAUGAUUGCUUGAGCUUUGAAAUAAUUAUUCAAAUUAUUAUAUGAUACUGAAGGUGCACUAUUGAAAAUGAGUAAUACAUUUCUAAAGGGAUCUCUAUUACGUGAAAAGGGAAUCCAUUUGCAUAAAGUACACCAUUUUAAAUAAACUAUUAUCUAUUC